AUGGCUUUACAAAAAGUCCGGGAUGCAUCUGUGGUCUUCCGAAAUCUAAAUGGAAUUUUAAAUGUUUAUAAACCUGCCGGCAUGAAAAUCAAACAUGUUCGUGCAGCAAUUUUACAUAAUAUUUGUGAAGAUCUAAAUGCCUUGAAAGCCAACAAUGAACCGGAAGCCCAUCAAAUACCCUUACUGGAACCGGGUGGUGCUGCUGAUCCCCUUUUGAGAAAGGUGCAGUCAUUAAAUCUGGCCGAACAUGUUCUUAGUACGGGACUACGUUAUCAAAUGGAGGAUAUACGUUGUGCAACAGUUGCCAGUUUGGGUUUACACACCAGUGGGGUUUUGUUGUUUGGCAUUAACAAGGGCUUAAAACAAUCUAUGAAAAUCCAACGCAAUCGCCCUCUAAGAGCCUAUCAUGUCACCGGUCAAUUGGGAAAAGCCACCGAAACACAUCUACCCGAUUCCCGGAUAACUGUGAAAGCCAACUACCGCCAUGUCCAGCCAGAACGUUUAAGUGCCUUAGUUUCCUCCCUGCAAGCCUCACAUCAACGCAAAAUGUUCGAACUAUGCGGUGUGGAUAUGCAAUCACAGGCAGCCUAUGAAAUUGCCUGUAAAGGCCUAAUACGACCUGCCAACAAUACACAACCUGUCAUUUAUGGCAUCAAGUUAAUUGAUUUCCAAAAACCUCAUUUCACUUUGGAAAUUCAUGCCAUUAAUGAAUCGGAAGAUUAUUUGGCCACACUUAUACAUGAAAUUGGUAUUGAAUUACGUACAGUGGCGCACUGCACGGCUUUGCGAUGUAUUCGUCAUGGUAAAUUUUCGGUGGAGGGAGCCUUGUUGCGACAUGCAUGGAAUUUGCCAGGUGUUGUGCGAAAUAUGCGUGAACAAAAAGAAAUUCUAGAAGCACAUCCUUAUCUGUUGAAGCAAGAUCGCAUAGAAUUAAGGAAUUAA